ACCGUCAUCAUCAUCAUUCUUCACCAAAAUAAUCACAUUUUUUAAAAUAAAAAAUAAAAAAAUUCCGCGCAGUUCAGCAUUCUGAUUUGAAAAUUCGAAACAAUUCAGUUAUCCCUCAAUCCAGCAGCGAUCAAGAGUAUAAUGGGUUGUUCCCUUGUCGAUUUCACAGAGUCAACUUGGCCACAAGAUUAUUAUUCAAAUGAAUCGGAGUCAGCAUUCCCAGAACAGGGCAUUUUCUCGUGGCUACUUCUUCUAUUUAAAUUACGUUGUUUGGGAGAAGAAGUAAAUGUAGAAAAAGAAAAAAGUUGCAGACGACUGACUUUUGAGUUGUUGUUACUCAAUCUGGGAAUUUUCAGGUUUUAAGCAGACAGUGUUACAGUAGAGUACUGAUUCAUGGAAGGUGGAAAAGCCUCAAAUCUGAAAGAGGGUGCGGGUGAAGUUGUUGUGAUGAUCCCAAAUCCUUUAGAAACUCCAGAAUUGGGCAAACUGAAUGACGGGUCUGAUUCUAUUGCUCCAUCCGAUCCUAUCAAGCUGGAGCCUUUAAAUAUAGAGUUAAUUAGAGGGCAACAGGGAAGUUCUCUAGUCCAAUCAGCAGUGCAAAAUUCUCCAGGGGCAAGCAUUUUCAGUCCAGCUCUGAAUCAGGUUACACGUGAAAGUAGUCUGAGAAGAAGGCUGUUAACACCAUCUAGAUCUCUCAAGCCUAAGUCCAGGCUUUUUGAACCGCCCCCUCCUCCCAAAUUGAAGCUUGUUGAUGAAAAUGUUCUUUCCAGCUCGCCCUACAGGGGAUCCAUGAAGAUGGCUUCUCCAGGUAAGGUAGAUAAUCUCAGCUCUAAUCCAGAAGGGCUGAUUACCCCUAAAACACCGUUAAUGGCGGCGCAGGGGAAUGCGGAUGAUGAUGAUGACGACGAUGAGGUCUACCAGGCUGGAUUCAUCCCAGAUGAGGCCGAAAAGAAAAGGCAUGGAAAACAUGUAAAGUUUAUUGUUUUGAUUGAAUGGAUUGUUUUCUGUACCAUAUUGGGAUUCUUGAUUGUUAGUUUAUGUGUUGAUAAGCUGGCUGGAUUGCAUGUUUGGGGUUUGCGUCUAUGGAGAUGGUCUGUGUUGGUUUUGGUCAUAUUUUGUGGUCAUUUGGUUACUCAAUGGUUGACUGAUAUGCUAGUCUUUGUGCUUGAAAGGAGUUAUUUGCUUAAGAACAAGGCCCUUUAUUUCCUCUUCAGUUUAAGGAGAAGUUUUCGGGUUUCACUUUGGUUAGGAUUGACCUUGUUGGCGUGGGGAUUGUUGAUAAAUAGAGAAGUGAAGAAAUCUAGGAAAACUAUGAGAAUUUUGAAUUAUAUUACGAGAGCUAUUGCUUCUAGCCUCAUUGGAGCAGUCAUGUGGAUGGUAAAGACUUUAUUAGUAAAGUUAUCAGCUUCAUCUUUCCAUGUUCAGACAUUCUUUGAUAAGAUUCAGGAUACAGUUUUUCAUCAGUAUGUUCUUCAGACCCUUUCUGGUCCUCCGCUUAUGGAAAAAACUUCUCGAAUUGAGGACUUUCAGAAUAGUGGUAAGUUGAGCUUCAAAUAUGCAGUGAAAGGAAACCAGAAGGUAAAGGGAGAUGGGGUUGUUGAUGUGAAUAAACUUCACAGACUGAGAAAAGAGAAGAUUUCGUCAUUGACAAUGGGAGGGUUAGUUCGAGUUAUUAGGACAUCAGGAUUAUCGACUAUUUCGGAUGCACUUGAUACAGCUGAAGAAGAAGAGAUUGAACAAAAAGAGAUUACUAGUGAGUACGAGGCAAAGACUGCUGCUAAAGCAAUAUUCAAAAAGGUGGCAAAGCCUAACAAGCAGUAUAUUGAAGAGGAAGACCUCGUACGUUAUUUCCCCAUUGAGGAAGUUGAUGACGUGAUGUUGCUGUUUGAAGGAGCUGCAGAAACUGGUCAGAUCAAGAAAUCAUCUUUUAGAAAUUGGGUGGUAAAGGUGUACACUGAAAGGAAGCACUUGGCACAUUCCCUGAAUGACACCAAAACAGCCAUUGAAGAGCUUAACAGGAUUGCUUCUGUAAUCAUUCUUGUAAUAAUUAUCAUAGUGUGGUUGCUUUUAAUGGGAUUCGCUACCACCAAGGUUCUAGUCUUCAUUACAUCUCAAAUUCUACUGUUGGUCUUCAUGUUUGGCAACACUGCAAAGACUUUUUUCGAAGCUUUGAUGUUCGUAUUUGUUACCCACCCGUAUGAUGUUGGGGAUAAAUGCAUCAUUGAUGGAGUUCAGAUGGUUGUUGAAGAGAUGAACAUUUUGACAACAAUCUUCUUGAGAUAUGACAAUCAAAUGAUAUACUACCCGAACAGCAUUCUGGCAGGGAAACCUGUCACCAAUCUUAACCGGAGUCCACCAUUGGGCGAUUCUUUGGAGUUCUCUGUUGAUUUUUCAACACCAGUUGAAAGUAUAGCAGUAAUCAAGGACAGAAUAAAAGGGUAUCUGGAGAGCAAACCUCAACACUGGCAGCCUAACCACAGUGUUCUGAUCAAGGAAAUUGAGGACAUGAACAAGCUGAAGAUGGUCCUAUACUUAACGCAUACUGUAAACGCUUCAGACAGAGCCGGCCACCGAUCAGACCUAGUUAUUGAGCUGAAGAAAAUCUUUGAGGAACUUGAUAUCAAAUACCACCUUCUCCCUCAGGAAGUGCAUCUUAGAUAUCUUGCUUAAAACACAAUCCUCUGUCUCUAGAAACUAUCUGCAGUAUUAUCAUUAUUCGACAAAUGAAUAACUGACUGAAAUCUCCGAAUGGAUUAUGAUUUCAUGUCAGUUGCAUUGACCCAAACCAUGUAAAAUAUCCUGUAUUCUCAGUUACUUAAUUGUUCAUUCUCCAUUUUGCUGUGGUUAGCCUUACAUUUGUCAUCAUUAUUCAUGUAGGCCAAUCCCUGGUAAACAGAUUGGUCAAGGAGUAAUCACUUUGAUUUCCUUAAAUCUUGUACUUCCU